CUCCGCAGUGCUGCCUGUCUACGAGGAGUGCGUUUGAUUGUUGCAGGGCUCAAUGGCGGACAGAGCAGGAUAGACGCAUUAGCACUGAGGACAAUAACAUCUCGUCUGUGUGGAUUCUCGGCGUGCCCAGAGGUGCGACGCCUUAAUCGGUCUUUUUCUUGAGCUAAAGUCAAAUAAAGAGUCCGUGCAGCCUUUUCCCUGCUCGUCUUUCAGCGUGUUUGAGUUCUCAUCCCAAGCGGAGAAGUUACACUGUUCAUGGUGGCUCACUGAAGGCAGCUAGCUUGCGAGCAAACCAUGGGGGAGUCUCUCGAAUUGAUAGGGAAGCGUCUGCUUUUGCUCCUCGACGAGGGCAGGUCUGCAAACGGGUCUGAGCCGGAGCAGGCUACCUGGGCCCGGGACUGGCUCAGGGGGACGGUGCGGGCAGUCAGCGUCAUUGGCCUGGUCGCUCCGGAGGGUCGCGGAGGAGAGGCGACAACCACAUCCAGUUCUGCUGCGGGGCUGACGGUGUUUGUGGAGUUUGAGAACGCCUCUCAGCGGUGUUCUUGGGUACAGGUGUACGACGACGGGGUGAAAGCCGUGCUGGUGGAGGAGUCCAUUGUUUGGGCCAGUCGGAGUGAUAGUGCUGGAACUGCUGGAAACGCAGCAUCAACCACAGCCUGGCCUGCCUUGGCCUUCCGCUCCCUUGUGGACAGAGUUGGUUUAGGAUCGUUGGUUGCUGUGGAGUAUUUCGGAAACAAGAACUUUGAGUUCCUGCCUAAUAACAAAACUGUCCAGAGGUUUGAGGUUGAUAAAGACAUAGGACAUCCUUUGUUGUUGGAGCAGCCCUCUGUGCAUGCUGCCAUCUCCAGCUGGCACACUGACUUUGAACUUCAGGAGAUCUUCAGGAAGGGUUCGUUCACUGUUCAAGGACGUAGGGUUCGUGUGUACCAGCCAGAGUUUGAGGAGUGCUGGGCCUCAGGACUGGUCUCUCGGCACGAUCCAAUCUCACACAUCAUGGAGAUCACUUUGGAUAAGGGUGAAGGAAAUCAGAUGGUAGAUCCUCGUGUGAUACAUGUCAUGCUCACUGAGGAGCUUGGUAAGAAUGGGCGGCGAAGGAAGGACAGUGAAACAAUGAAGGGUGACGGCGGACGUAGACGUAGGACUGCCUCCGAAGGUGAGGAUGACUUGAACUUGAAACGCUUCAAAGGAGCAGGAGAUGCCGCAGCCGAUGGGGAGAACUGUGCCGAUUCCAACAAGACUCCUGCAGAAGCGAUGGGAGUCUGGGGUGGAGACUCGGGCGAAAGAGUCAGCAGCACAACCAAAAACGGAAGCUCUUCAGAGGGACCUUUUCCUCAGGGCAGAGUGUCAUCCCCCAACACCAAUACCCCACUCCAGAUGGACCAAUCCAAUGCCACUCCUCCUCGUUAUCCUGCCCACGUCAAAGAAAACGGUCGUUCAAUCUCCACGCAAGGGGCAGCAGACUCCACAACAACCGCUAGUCACACCCCUACCCCCCCUCCCCUCAAACCAGCCCCCUCUCCUUUCUCCACCACAUCUUUCCCUUCACUCGGCCAGAUGCCAAGCCUGGUCCCUGGAGCACCAGCCCCCAAGGCCUCCCCAUCCCCCCAGCCAGACAGAGAGGAGGCCUCCCAGUCGGCCUUCUCUAAAACAGCUGCUCUUGUUUCCCCGGGGCCUGUCACCAUUUCUUGGUCACAUGACAGCGGCCCUAGUGUGGCACUGUCUGCUUCUGUGGGUUUUAGUCCUAAAGCUCCCGCCUGGGGAAGCCAAACUGAGGGCUCUAAAAUGGCUCCAGCUUUCCGUUUGCCCCAGUCCACUGCUCCUGUUUUUGGAGAAGUCACUUCUCAGACGAAUGGAGCUUCCACUACUACUACAACCCCCCAAGACACUCCAAGGCCCUUUGGUUUCGGCUUUAGCGGGGCAAAGAACAAGACUCAAUCCCCGCAAGACCAAAACUUGUUUUUCCAGUGUAUGACCCAGAAUUCUGGCUCCAGCCCGAGCCUAGCUGCUGGUCAGACCCAGUCCAAGGACACCAGUUACUUCAACACUGUGUCUGAGAGCCUGAGCAAAGAACCCCCGAGCCUUUUCAAGCCUGCUGCCUCCAGUGAAGCUCUGAAGAAGCCUGAGCAGCCCAAAGUGCCUGAGACCCAUCCGACAGGAAAUGGUGUGCUCAACAAACCUUCAUCAGCCUUCCAGGGCAUGGGUGGCUCUGCGGCUGGGAGAGGCUCUGGUCUAAGUAUUGGUGGUCUAGCUACUCAAAGUACUUCUAAGAGGAGCAGUAAUGAUGGCAUGUCCAUGGGGAGCUUAGGCUUGCAAUCUGGUUUUAAUACCUCAGAUAGCCACCAGAAUCUUUUUCUGCAGGCCUCCAAAGAGCCCACGAAUCCUUUUCUAGCAUAUGGGGAUAAAACCUCCCACACCUCCUUUGCUGGACUCAGUGGUGCUGAACCACAGACUGUUGGUCCUUCCCCAGACAGCAAAUCAAACCUGUUCACCAUGGCAGAGCCACCUAAAGGGAUUCUGUCUUCCCCGUUCUCAGCUCUUUCUGCAGCCGCCUCCCCCAGCUCCUCUUCCUCUCCAGCACCGGCUUCAUCACAUAGGGCACAGACUGAAGGGACUGUGACAAAGGAAGAGCAGGAAGCUAGUGAGAUGCCUUCAUCCACCUCAGGCUGCCCCAUGUUUGGAAGUACUGGCCCUAGAGCAAUGGAGGACCUUCCUGUGUCCUUUGACCAGAGCCAAUCGCAGAAGUUUUCCCUAGAGGAAAGAGGUCAAUCAUCCAAACGUGACUCUGACUCCAGCAGCAACAGCGACCUGUCAGACUUGAGUGAGAACGAGGAGGGCUUAGAGAAAGGCCCAGUCCCAGGCGGACCAUCACACCCUGCAAAGGAUGCAGCCAUGUUGCAGAAAGCUAAAGUCCAAGGGGCUCCGAAGAGUCGUCCACGUAACAAGCCCUUUAAAGUGGGCCAGUCUGUACUAAAAGACCAGAGCAAAGUGCGCCGUUUGAAGCAGUCUGGUGAGUCCUUUCUACAGGAUGGCUCCUGCAUCAACGUGGCACCUCACCUGCAUAAAUGCCGCGAGUGCCGCCUGGAGCGUUACAGAAAAUAUCGAGCUCCAGAUGAUGACAGCGAUGAUGAAGACGAUCCCAACGUGGCCUGUCGUUUUUUCCAUUUCAGAAGGUUGGCUUUCACUCGUAAAGGUGUCCUUCGUGUGGAAGGCUUUCUGAGCCCUCAGCAGAGCGAUGCCAUGGCCAUGGGUCUGUGGUUGCCUGCACCAGCUGUCCAAGAGGGUCUGGACCUUGAUACAUCCAAGUACAUCCUGGCCAAUGUGGGAGACCAGUUCUGUCAGUUGGUCAUGUCGGAGAAGGAGGCGAUGAUGAUGGUGGAGCCUCACCAAAAAGUGGCUUGGAAGCGUGCGGUGCGAGGGGUCAGAGAAAUGUGUGAUGUGUGUGAGACCACUCUAUUCAACAUCCACUGGGUGUGUCGCAAGUGUGGUUUCGGAGUGUGUCUGGACUGCUAUCGGCUUCGCAGGAACAGGCCAAGGGAGGAUGUUGAUGAGGGUCCAGAAGAUGAGGUGUUCGCCUGGUUAAAAUGUGCCAAAGGACAACCUCAUGAGCCACAGAACCUCAUGCCUACACAGAUUAUACCUGGAACAGCUCUUUACAACAUAGGUGACAUGGUACACUCAGCAAGAGGCAAGUGGGGAAUUAAGGCUAAUUGUCCAUGUGCAAGUCGACACACCAAGCCUCUAGUGCGCCCCAGUGCCCCCAAUGGGAUUUCACAGCAGUCUGCAUCAAGCAGUGGUAGCAUCAUCUCAGCUGCAACCCCUGGCAUUGGCACGACUCCAAAAUCAGAGGGAGAAACAUCAGUGAUCAAGACAGAACCUACACAAACAGCAGCUCCAUCAGACAGUGGGGGAGGGGAAAGUGUAGGCAGCACCAGUAACUCCACCAGUGGUACAUCCUCCCCCUGUAACCUCUCUCAGUCCUCUGCAAAGGAGCCACGCUCAUCAGGAGAGGGCAACAGCUCUGCUCUGCACUGGCUGGCAGACCUGGCCACACAGAAAGCUAAGGAUGACACUAAGGAAUCCGGUUCACUCCGCUCUAUGAUGAGUCGAGACAGCCGGCCCCCCUUUGGCCUGGACUCGCUCAGUGCACUGUCUAAGCCUUCUGCUUCCAGCCCUAAGCUUUUUAACAGCCUGUUACUAGGCUCCAGCAUGGCCCAGUCCAAACCUGAGGGGUCCAGUCUCCGGGACCUGCUCAACUCUGGACCAGGGAAACUCCCCCAGGGGCCUGGAGAGAGUGGUGUACCAUUCCCUUCUGUCUUUACCUCAGCAGGCAGUGACAAGCUGAAGAGCAGUCUCCCCAACUUUCUGGAUCACAUAAUCGCCUCAGUUGUGGAGACCAAGAAGGCAGAAGGCCGUCGGACCGGGGCCUCUGAAGGAGGAGAGCUGGGUGUGUUGGGGGGCCGCAAAGACGGCGUAAUGGGCCUUAGUGUUCUAGAGCCGCACACCUCCCACUCCUGGCUCUGUGAUGGGCGACUUCUCUGCCUUCAAGAUCCCAGCAACAGCAACAACUGGAAGAUCUUCAGAGAGUGCUGGAAGCAGGGACAGCCUGUGUUGGUGUCAGGGAUACAUAAACGUCUGAAAGGAGGGUUAUGGCAUCCCGAUGCCUUCAGCAAAGAGUUUGGAGACCAGGAUGUCGACCUGGUCAAUUGUAGAAACUGUGCUAUCAUCUCUGAUGUGAAGGUGCGGGACUUCUGGGACGGCUUCCAGGUCAUCUCCAAGCGACUGCAAGAUAGUGGGGGCCAGCCCAUGGUGUUAAAAUUAAAGGAUUGGCCUCCAGGUGAAGACUUCAGAGACAUGAUGCCAACACGGUUUGAAGAUCUGAUGGAUAACCUCCCCUUACCUGAGUACACAAAAAGAGACGGUCGUCUUAACCUUGCCGCCCGCCUGCCUAACUUUUUUGUGCGUCCGGAUCUUGGACCUAAGAUGUAUAAUGCCUAUGGCUUAACUUCGUCUGAAGACAGGAAGGUGGGAACAACUAACCUCCACCUGGAUGUGUCUGAUGCUGUCAAUGUCAUGGUCUAUGUUGGCAUCCCUCAAAUAGAAGGAGACCAGGAGCAUGAGGCAGAUAUCUCUGGACGCAAAGAGGUCAUGAUCACUAUCGAGGAGGGUGAUGUGGAUGAAAUGACCAAGAGGAGGGCGUUUGAGGGAGAGGAGAAACCUGGAGCUCUAUGGCACAUCUAUGCUGCCAAGGAUGCUGAGAAAAUCAGAGAACUUCUCCGCAAGGUGGGAGAAGAGCAGGGUCAAGAGAACCCUCCAGACCAUGACCCCAUUCAUGACCAGAGCUGGUACCUGGAUCAGACGCUCCGCCGCAGGCUAUAUGAGGAAUAUGGCGUCCAGGGUUGGGCGAUUGUACAGUUCUUAGGAGAUGCUGUUUUUAUCCCAGCUGGAGCUCCACAUCAGGUGCACAACCUGUACAGCUGUAUCAAGGUGGCAGAGGACUUUGUGUCUCCUGAGCAUGUCAGGCACUGUUUCAGACUGACUCAGGAGUUUAGACAUCUGUCUACUACUCAUACAAACCAUGAGGACAAGCUACAGGUGAAGAACAUCAUCUAUCACGCAGUGAAGGACGCUGUUGGAACCCUGAAGGCCCAUGAACCUAAACUAGCACGUCCUUAGUUCCUCUCACUUAAUGUUGUCCCAGCAGAACCAGCCUUUGACAACCAGGCCACUACACACACACACACACACACACACACACACACACACACACACACACACACACACACACACACACACACACACACACACACACACACACACACACACACACACACACUUGUGUGCAUUACAUACCUACAUACAGAAGUACAAGCUGCAGAAUGCAGAGUACAAAGAUAGAGAAUAGUUUUUGGGGAGCAGUGACAGUCUUGAUUUAGGGAGGGAUUGGACAGGGAGGAGCUAGUCAGCACGUUGAUGAAGGAAGUCCUUUAUCGCUGUUACACAGUAUGUUCAAACUUGUCUAGUUGUUUUCCAAUUUUUAUUUUUUAACUCUGUAUUUAAGGUCAGUGUGUUCUGUUUUCAUUGUAUACGUAAGAUGUGAGAGUAAGGGAGGUUAAAGCUGACGUGCCUUUGGAGCAGAGGUUCAGCUUCUAUAUAAGUUGACUGACAAAAUGUGAGUACCAGGCUAACUUUCCUAUUUCAGUGACGUUGAUAUUAUUUUUCUUCGAUAGGAACAAGGUUAACCUGUUUUUUUUGUAGAUUUUUUUUUGUCGUUGAUGUUGGAGUUUUUAAAUUAAGCUGAUUGCUUCUGCCCUCUGUGGCUGAGAUGAAUUUGCUAAGCAGCUAGUGAGGGGAAGCAGACCAAAGUUUUGUAUUUUUUUGUUUUCUUUUUUCAGUUUUAGAGUAAGAAGUCUUUUCUUUUUAUACACUGCAAAGUAUAGAUCAGGGAGGACUUCAGAGAAAGCUUUUUUUUUUGCCUCCCAUCUUUGUCCUUUGGGCUGAAUGAACUGCAGACUUCCAACAACAUUGUUCAAGAAUCACAAUUGCAGCUGAACAGAACUACUGGCCAUUAACAAUGUAUCAAUAUAUUGAUCUUAGCAGUCUGUUUGAUUUUUCACAAUAAAGUUUACAAAAACGAA